CAAGCGAACUGAUUUAUAAUAUUUCGAAUGGUAAUAUUUUGGUAUUAGAAGCUGGUCCACCGAAUGCACUAAUUAUUGAUAUAAAGGAUAUCGAAUAUAAGAUUAAAAAAUGCCCAGCAUUAUCGAACCUACAAAAGUAUUAUUUAAUAAAGGUUCCUGUCAAAAGGCUGAUUACGAUAGUUGACAAAAUUUGGGAUUACAAGGCUUUCAAGGCCAUCGAAAACAAUGCUCGUAAAAAUACUGACGAAGAAUUUAAAAGUAUCCUGGAUUUAAUGGUCUAUUCAUGUACAAGAACCACAAAACAAGAUGGAAAUCGCUGUUCGCUGGCUGACAGAUAUUUGACAGAUGCAUUGAAAAAAGUUCAUAAUGCUUUCAUUGCUCCACCGAAGGGAGAAAUGAUUAUUCGUGGUGGUACUAUUAAUAGAGCUCAG